UCCUUUAGUUAUCCAGGCUUCUUUCAUUGACGAUGUGCGGUAUUUGAGUGAAUUUUGUGCACGCACUUUGAACGUCUUGCUAAUCUCAGCCUAUUCGUUUUAUAGGAUUUUGUCUGAUAAACACAGUUUUUUUUAUUUCUAUUCGCAGUGACCUUUGAUACUGAGCCGUAAGCAACAAGUACAAAAUCUAGUAGAGCUCUGCGUAGUUCGGUUAGGAUUGUUCCAUUUCAAGCGCAAUGAGUCAUUCGAAACCGCUAAACGAGGUUUUCAGCUAUCUGUCAUGGGUUCACGCGGUCUCCGGGGCUACGGGUAGCGUAGUGGCCAUGUCAGUGUUCUACCCAUUGGAUACCGUUCGUUCCCGGUUGCAACUGGAAGAACCGGAACGCCGUAAAGCCAAAAGUACAUGGGCCGUCCUAAAACAGCUGGUAUCAGAGGAAGGUUUUAACACGCUGUACCGCGGAAUGGUGCCAGUGCUGCAGAGUUUGUGCAUCUCAAAUUUUGUCUAUUUCUAUACAUUUCACACUUUGAAGGCCAUUCGUGGUGCGGCAACCGGUGGUAACCAGUCAGCCUUAACCGAUCUGGUCCUUGGAUCGUUGGCCGGUGUGGUGAAUGUGUUUACGACAACCCCCUGCUGGGUAGUCAACACAAGAUUGAAGAUGAAAGGGCUAGGAUUGCGCAUCAAGGACCCUAGCAGCCACUAUGACAACCUCUUGGACGGUUUAAUAUAUGUCGGACGAACGGAAGGUACCAAAGGGCUAUGGGCAGGAGCGGUUCCAUCACUGCUGCUGGUGAUCAAUCCGGCCAUUCAAUUCAUGGUGUAUGAAGCAUUGAAACGACGAUUUGUACCGGAUACUAGCGCUAGCUUUUUCGCCAUCGGAGCGAUUGCCAAAGCAAUAGCAACUGUACUGACUUAUCCACUUCAGCUGAUUCAGACCAAGUUGCGUCACGGAAAUUCAGAUAAAAACUUGGAACUGCCUCCAGACACCGAUAUGAUCCAGAUGUUGUUGAUCAUACUGAAAAAGCAGGGCGCAGCAGGACUGUUCCGUGGUCUUGAGGCAAAACUACUGCAGACUGUACUUACAGCGGCACUAAUGUUCAUGACAUAUGAAAAAAUUUCGCAUUUUGUGAUGAAAAUUCUGAUUAGAGCAAAGAAGUGACAGUAAGUAGAAUGUUAGUAUUUAAUAGAUUUUAGACGGAUUAAGGGUUCGCGUACUCAAAUUCCAUGGCAUUUUCGACUCAAAUUUCAAACUUUAUGCAUCUAGUCUUUUACAUUCCCAUUGGAUAUUCUCAUUAUUUAUCAGUUCCUGAUAACCAAAACUGUGAACAUUGUUUGUGUGUAUUCAUGAAAGUGAAUAAGUGAUGGCAGUUUUCGACAUUGUAUUCCAAAGGCUAUUGAUUAGUUUAAAAUAUUUAUGGUACGGUUCUUAGAUUUUCAUGUGUAGGUACUUGUUUGCUAUCUAUCUAGUAGGUGAUAUGUAAGAUAUUCAGGCAUAAACUGGAUUGUUUACUAUGGGCUAGCGAAAUAAAAUCAAUGGAAACAA